AUGACUACCGCCGCGCUCGUCGCGUCCGUCGAGAAGCGCACGCAGCGCUACUUGGCCACGAUCGAGACGGCCGCGGCUCUGACCACAACAUCCCUCGCUCCUAUCGCCCAUGACGUCCCGUCUUUCCACCAAAGCACCGGCAAAGUGCGCGACGUGUACGUGUUCGACGACGACCGCGUGUUGCUCGUGUCAACGGACCGCCAGUCGGCCUUUGACCGGGCACUGGCGUCGGUGCCGUUUAAAGGCCGCGUCUUGACCUUGACGAGUCUGUGGUGGUUCACGCAGACGCAGCACAUUUUAGCCAAUCACGUGCUGAGCGUGCCGCACGCGUCGGCUCUGUUGUGUAAAAAGUGCUUUGUAUUUCCCGUGGAAUUCGUCGUGCGUGGCUACAUUACCGGUUCCACCAGCACGAGUCUGUGGACGAAUUACCGAAACGGCAGUCGGACGUUUUGUGGCCAUUCAUUGCCAGAUGGCUACAAACAGCAUCAACAAUUGCCCGAGAAUCUUGUCACGCCGACGACGAAAGACGACCAUGAUGAACUGAUUUCAGGGCUUGAGAUUGUACAGAGUGGACGCAUGACGCAGGCCCAAUGGACUUUUUGUGAGGAGAAAGCACUGGCGCUUUUUGCGUUUGGCCAGGCACAAGCAGCCAAGCGGGGGCUGAUUCUCGUUGAUACCAAGUACGAGUUUGGUGUGGACAAUGGGACGGGCGAGAUUCUGCUCGUGGAUGAGAUCCACACGCCUGACUCGAGUCGGUACUGGUUGGCAGACACGUAUGAGGCGUGCAUGGCUGCUGGCAAGUCUCCGGAUAAUAUUGACAAGGAGUUUUUAAGGUUGUGGUUCAAGGACCACUGUGAUCCGUACAAUGAUGCCGUGCUGCCUGAGGCUCCGAAAGAGCUCGUGAGUGAACUCGCACGUCGCUACAUUAUGCUCUACGAGCUCAUUACAGACUCGGAGUUUGAGUUCCCGGCCGCAGGAACCAAGCCCGAGGACGAGUUUGUCGAAGGAGUGCGCAAGGCACUGCUUGCCAAGUAA